CUUUUUUGACGGGAGCUGUCAAGCGACCAAAACACGCACGUGUGAUUGUCGCCAAAAAUGCGUAUUGAAACGUGUUAUUUCUGUUCCUCCAGGAUAUAUCCUGGCCACGGAAUCCAAUUUGUCAGGAACGAUUGCAAGAUUUUCAGAUUUUGCCGUUCAAAAUGCCAUGCAGCGUUUAAAAAGAAGAAGAACCCGCGUAAGACCAAAUGGACUAAAGCUUACCGUAAGACUGCAGGCAAGGAAUUGGCUAUUGACCCGUCAUUCGAGUUUGAGAAGCGUCGUCAUGCUCCUGUAAAAUACAGCAGGGAAUUGUGGACUAAAACGAUUGAAGCGAUGAAGAAGGUUGAGGAGAUCAGACAGAAGAGGUCCAAUAACUACAUCAUGCAGAGACUGAGGAAAGGCAGAGAAGUGGAAUGGCAGAGAGACGUCAGAGAAGUACAGAGAGAUAUUUCACUUAUCAGAUCCCCAGCAGCUGGUCUCAAACAGAGACAAGCUUUGGAAGACACCGAAAUGGAGGUUGAACCUGAAACUAUCCAAGUUAUUGACUCUAAGGGCCGUAAACAAGUCAUUGAGGCACCAGUCAUGGUCCCUGCUACUGGAGACAUGAUUGAAGACGGAGGAGACAUUGACUUAUAAACUGAAUUCUCUGAAUUUUGGAACAACUCAAAUCUGUAUGGACUUGAACUUGAUUUUUAUUUUUAUAACCUCAGAACACUAAAUGUGUGGAGUGGCCCGUUUUAAGCAAAGACAGUGGCUUAUAAAUUAUUUCUUUCCCUAAGCAAACUUUGUAUGGAUUGUAAUCGAGUACAAUUUUCACUUUCAUCUAUUGUACAACCUUUGUAAUUAAAUUAGUUUUUAAGUA